AUGCAAAUUCUCAGCCCCCAUCUUAGACCAAAUGAAUCAGAGACUCUUGGUUUAGCCCCCAGUAAUGAGUUUUACAAAAGGGCAGCCAAGACCCUAAUUUACCUGAAGGCUGCCAAUAAUAAGAAAGGAAAGAAAUUUAAACCGAGGGGCAUCUCGUCUCCCGAUAUGAUCAGUCCUCGCCUUGGAGACUUCUGCCACACCAUUCACAUGGUCAAGGAUGGCCAGCACGAUGUCUUUGAGGACAUUUCCUUUCUUCAGGGGAACUCUGAUCUUCUACCUGGAAACCAGGAGAAAGCACGCAUGGGCCAGUUCCCUGGGUGUAUGGAGUUUUUCAGGGUCAGCAGCACCACCGACUCCAUGUUCAGAGAAACACUCACCCUGGUGCUCAAAAACACCAUCUCCCUCCCGACUAUUGGAGGGUCCCAAGCUCUCAUGUUGCCCUUAUUGUCAACGGUGACAUUCAAUUCCAAACAGGAGUCCUUUGGUCCGGGAAAGCUGCCCUGGCUUAGCUGUGAGGGGGUCAUGGAGGAGAACAGUAUGGUCUAUCAGGCGGACGUUUCAUGGGGCUCUGGUGGGUCCACAUCCCAGUCCUGCCACUCCUCCAGCCUCUCCAAACUGUACCCCUACUGGGCAGCCAAGAAUAUGUUUGACCAUCCCGCCUGGUGUGAGUUCGUCAAGGAAAAGACUAAAAAUCAGAGGAGUCCCUCUCUGAUCUCACUGGGUUCCCUCCUCUUCCUGCAGCUCGAUCUUGGGCCUUCAUUUCUGGAUGCAGUGCUGAAGGUCACGCAUAAAAAUAAGUAA